CAUGGCUGACAACAACUAUGGCGUCCUCACCAUAUGGGGAUGGGAACCUCACACGCCCUGCUACGUCGCUGCCCUCCAUACCACUAAUCGAACUCCGUCUCCGGACUUAUCCCCCGAUGAACUUGAUGUUGAGAACGAAUACGACCCAGCCUUUCGUUCGUUGCGCGAACAGUCGCAAAGCCUCAAGAUAUCCUUCCAGAAAUGCUUAAAUGAAUACGAUCAGCUGAAGUACGAGCUGCGUCGCGUGACCAUCAUCUACGACCAUGUUCACCGUGGCGAUCCCAACAGCCCAAGCUCAACACUCGCCGAUCAAGACAUCCUAGAAGUCGACGGGAAUACCUUGCGUAGAGUACAAAGCCGACUCUACUACGAGAAGCUUGAGCAGGAACAAUUCUUCGUCCUCUUCGAGGCUAGCGACGUCUUACUUGACAAACUCCGCGUUCUUCACUACGCUGUUGACGAGGCCCGGCACAUCGCACGCCGCGACAAACUGGUUCAUGUUCAGAUGAAUCUCGAUUUUGUGAUCAAAGAGCUCCAUGGCGAAAUCUCUGCUCUCUUGUCCUCAAGAUCAGCCAUAAAUUAUUCGAGU